UGUUGGCAGCGCGAGGGGCCUUGCGCUCGGGGAGGGGGGGUGCGAGGUGUUUACACCCCCUUGAGGAGCCGUCCGCGGUCUCUCCCGGAGCCCCACUUCCCGGCGCCGGACACGCAAUGUCCCACCAGCGCGUGAGGCGCAAUGGCUCCCCCACCCCUGCUACCUCCUUGGGGGGAGGGGGGGCAACCGUGGCGGCAGGCGGGGGAGCGGGCAGCCGCCUGCAGCCCAUGCGGGCCACGGUGCCCUUCCAGCUCAAGCAGCAGCAGCAGCAACAUGGCAGCCCCACGAGGAGCGGCGGCGGCGCCGCGUGCGCCUCAGGCGGGGGUCUCUCACGCGCGGCGCCUGCCUCGCGCAGCACCAGCCCCACGCGCGCAGCGCCCCCGAACGGCGGCAGCGCGCGCGCCAGCCCCGCGGUGGCCACGCAGACGCCCGGGGGAGGGGGUGGCAGCGGCCCCGCCGCCUCUGUCUCCUCGCGUGGCAGCCCCACGCGCGCCGGCGGGGCGGGAGCGCGUGGGAGCCCCCCGCGCCCUCACCAACUGCCGCCCCCUCCUCCUCCGCCGCCCCCUCCGCUGCCAGGCUCUGUUCUGUCCCCCUGCGCCUCCCCCGUCCCGCCUUUGCCGGAGGGCAGUGCCACUGCCUCGGCUGGCAGGGUCCGGCAUCGCCAGCGGCGGCGCUCCCCAGAGCAGGGCAGGAGCUCCCCGGAGAGGAAGAGCCCCAGCUCCCCCGUUUGCAAAGUUGACAAAUCACGACCGCCUUCAUCAAGCCCUUCCAGUAUAAUUCGCCGCACUUCCUCACUGGAUACACUUGCUGCUCCCUACCUCGCUGGACAAUGGCCUCGUGAUAAUCAUGGACAGGCUGCUCCCUGUAUGAGGGACAAAGCCACGCAGACAGAGAGUGCCUGGGCUGAAGAAUAUUUAGAAAAGAAGAAAGGAUCUCACAAGCGUUCAGCAUCCUGGGGCAGCACAGACCAACUCAAGGAGAUUGCAAAAUUGCGUCAGCAGUUGCAGAGAAGUAAACACAGCAGCAGGCAUCAUCGGGAUAAAGAAAGACAGUCUCCAUUCCAUGGUAACCAUGCAGCCAUUAAUCAGUGUCAGGCUCCCAUCCCAAAAAGUGUAAUUGUUCCUGUUAUACCCAUAACCAAAUCGACAGGAUCACGUUUCCGGAACAGCAUAGAGGGGCUGAAUCAGGAGAUUGAGAUAAUAAUUAAGGAGACAGGAGGCAAGGAAGAACAGCUGAUUCCGCAAGAUAUUCCAGAUGGGCACCGUGCUCCCCCUCCGCUGGCGCAGCGCAGUAGCAGUACUCGCAACAUGGAUACCCAAACACCCGGUGGAGCAGACAGAGGCAGUAACAACAGCAGCCGUUCCCAGUCUGUGUCCCCCACCUCGUUUCUUACUAUCUCAAAUGAGGGCAGUGAGGAGAGCCCUUGCUCUGCUGAUGACCUUCUUGCUGACUCCAGAGAUAAAGAGAAUGGGAACAACUCUCCCUUGCCCAAAUAUGCUACCUCGCCAAAACCCAACAACAGCUACAUGUUCAAGCGUGAACCUCCUGAGGGCUGCGAGAAGGUGAAAGUCUUUGAGGAAAGUUUGCCAAAGCCAUUGCAUGAAAUUCCAGCCUUCUACUGUCCUGACAAGAACAAAGUGAAUUUCAUUCCUAAAAGUGGCUCUGCUUUUUGCCUUGUCAGUAUUCUCAAACCACUUCUUCCCACACCGGAUCUUACGCUCAAAGGCACUACUCAUAGCCUGACUGUCUCCUCUGGCAUGACACCUAAUUUGCUACAGCCCAUUGCCAUGGCCUCCCUGUCUGCAAACACUGAGCAAGACCGGAUCUCUCGUGGAACAAGUACAGUAAUACCACAGACCUCUAUACUCCAGCAAUCAGGACAUAUCGAAGAAGCUGAGUGAUGAGUCUCCAUUGUGCAGGCAUUGUUCUGGAGAGACUGCUAGGAAGACCUUGUUUAAACUAGUUGUGACUGGUCACACCUGUUUGUUCAUUUUAACAGCUCAUGACAUUGUCAUAGUCAUAUUCUCCUGAUCUCCAUGACUAUAUUGGUAGCAUGCUGAGAAAUCUAGGAGGAAGCAGCAGAAGAAGCAGUGCUAUACUCUACUUGUGAAGACUAGCGUUCAGUUUCUCGCCUGCCUUUUUUUUUUCCCCCCCAAGCUCUGAUAAGACAAAGACUGUUACUAAUUCUUUGCCAUUGGAAGGAUCAGUUAUUGUGAUGUUUUGUGUCCUUUAGACUUUUUCAACAACAACAAACAUUUUGAGAGACAGCUGAUGCCAGCAACCACUGUAACUUGCAGAGGGAGGGGUAACCAUAUGGCACUGCAAGACCCAUCUUUUGUAUGAAAAUGAAUAUUUUAUAACAAGUUUGCAUUUUCUGAUACAGAGCAAGAUGUUCAAAAGACACUUUCAUAGCCACUGUUUUCCAUUCUUUGGGUGGUACGUUUUUCUCAGCUGUUUUCCAGCUGCUGGGACCAAAGGAUUGUUGAAAUACUUUAGCAGUCUCCGUCAUGUGACCUUGUUCAACAGUCCCUACCCCCAACAAAAGCAAAUAAAUUAAUGCAUACAAAAUGUAAAACAAAAGGAAAGAAAAAACAAUAUUAGUAUGUUAUGUGCAUUUGGUUUUGAUAUCAGAGGUUUGUGCUUUGGUAAACCACAUUGUUCUUGAAUGCUACUCCCUAGAUAGAAUUCCUGUGUACAUUUAAUUACAUGGGCAGAAAAUAGCAUUUUAGAGCACUUGUCCCAAUAGCGUAAUCACUUUUCCCUAGAACUUUUGUUUGGGUUAAAAAAUGUCUCUUCCCUGCCUCCACCCAAACAAACAAACAAAAACAAAACCUGCCUCUUGGCUCUUGAGAGAUCUCUUGGUUACUUGUGUAAUUCAGUCUGAAUCAUGCAUCAGUUUUUGGCACAAAAUUCACUCUGUUGUGGCUGAUCACUGUACUAUAGACCCUAGCCACAUGAUACUGAAAUGGCUAUGCAUGAUUCCUCAUCCUUGUCAUAAUGCUGUUUUGUGGGUGUGUUGAGGGUAGUAGUUUGUUAGGCAUGGUAUUUGUUACACAGCAGUCAACAGCAACAGAUAUGUUCUCCCUUUUUGACUAGCAACAUUGUCGAG